AUGUCUACUAGCACAUCGCCAGGAUCGCCGGCUCCGUCCAUAACGGCGCCCGCCUCGGCACCAUCUCCUUCCGCUCCUUCGACUGCGACCUCCUCAGAACUGAUUGAGUCCAGUCCCGGCUCAACCGGUACCUACAACGCUCUCAUUGCCGAAGCCGACGCAUACCUCUCCGCGCCCAAACACACCCGAAGCUUCCGUCAAGGCCUCAAGCUCAUCCUUCGUCUCCUCAAACUCAACCUCAAAGCGCGCCUAAGCCUCAAAACCUGGCGCACCCGGCGCGCCAUCCGCAAGCUGGCAAAGCGUGAAGCAGAGCUCGACGCGCAGCUCAACAUGCUGAGCUUGUUGAGCGAGCUGCUGAGCGCUGAGCUGGAGCUGGAGACGGAGGCUGGGGUGAGGAUUGUGGAGGAGCUGGAUAGGAAGCGGGCGAGGGAGUAUGAGGAGAAGUAUGAGGGGACGGAUUUGGUGGAAGAGUGCGUAAGGGAGUUCGGCGGGUCUGUGUAG